AUGUGUUCGUUCAAGUUCCCGGCUCCGUCUGAGUUGAGUUUGUUGAACGUUGUGGCCGAAUGUAUAUCGAAGCAUUUUCCAGAGCUCGAGAAAUUCAUGGAGCAUGUUUCCGUGAUCGAAAAAGCUGCUAAAUUGAAUUUCUCAUCGCUUGCCUCAAUGGUUCGUCGACUAGAAAGUGGUCAUAAUCGUGUGCUGGUGGAAUUUCAAUACGGUGGCACCACACCGAUGGUGUCGGAAUUCAUUGAGAACUCUGAACCACAGAUAGUUGAAAUCAAAGACAGUCUCGUUGUUACAAAG